AUGUGUAGGCCUUACGCAGAGUGUGAAAUAAUGUCACUGUGUGUCUGGGGGCAGCUUUUCGUCCACCACUUCCACUUUGCCUUCGUCAGUCCUUCUAAUCGCACCCGCGCCAUGUCCAACAAAUCGAAGGACCCAUUCCCUUACUCGAAUUGUCUUCCCAACUUGAGGAUGGGUAUCGUUACUGAUAGUAGUAUUCAAAUCCCGGACACCGUAGCAGCCACCCUCAUCCUCUCUGUCAAUCCUAUUCCGGAACAAGAGAUCUACCUUGGUCACCUCGCGCCUGAGGCUCUGGCCGUAGACUUUACCACGGAAGCUUGA